AUGGGUGGAUAUAAGUAUUUAUUGUUGCUUUCUUCGCAUUUUCAGUUAGCAUAUUCAAUUCUCGAAGCUCUGGUUUCACCGGUAAGUUUUUUAUAGUAUCGUAUAUAUUCACGAAUAAAUAUUCAGAUGAUUUAUUCAUACAAAUCAAUGUUCAUUGUUUUUGUGGAAGAAACAAACUCAAUUUUCGGAAGAGAAAUCAUUAGGGUGUUGAUCUCAUUAUACUGUAGUUGUUAUGGGUUUCUGAUGGGACUUCUUGCAAUUCAAUUCUAUUACCGUUAUUUGGUGGCGUACGAAUCUAAAUUAGUAAAUACCAUGUUGAACUGGAAGAUCAUUAUUUGGUUUGCAGUUCCGUUUUCAUAUGCAUUCCUUUGGUUUUUUGUAUCUUAUUAUUUAUGCCAUCAAACUCAACAAGCAAAUGAAAACAUUAGAUCUUCUUUUCUCACUGAUUUUGAUACAGGCAUUGAUGGUGUUGUGUUUCUGGGCCCAUAUUUAUAUCAAAAACGGGAUGAUGGAUUUGAUCACAUUGAUACUGUCUCAAUGUCUGCAGUAGUAAUUGCCUCAUUAUUGAAUAUGUCUUCAAUGAUAACUAUAAUUUAUUUUGGUUGGAAAUGUUAUCGCAAAAUAGGUUCAAUAAUAUUGUCCUCUAGUGGACUUCAUAAUUUACAAACCCAAUUGUUUCAAGCACUAUUAGUGGAUAGUUUGAUACCUAUCAUAUUGAUGCAUAUACCAGUUUUAUUUCUUUAUCUUUCCUGUUUAUUGGAACUUGAUGUUGGAAAUGUAACUAGCACAUUGUCAGUAAUAAUUGCAUUAUUUCCAACAAUAAGUGCGUUGCCACCUAUGUUUAUCAUCAAGAACUAUCGAGUUGCUGUGAUAAAAUUUAUAUUUUGUUCAAGAUCUGCAAAUUAA